UUUAUAUAAUUGUUUGAUAUUGUAGUUACAGUAAAUAACAUAUUUAUAUUUAAAAUGAUGCUGAAUACGUCAAUAUGGAAAAGAAUUCACAUAUAUUAUUUUGUUAAAACUAUUUUUUAAAGAUGGAUCACGAAGAAGAGUUUUUAAAUACAUUUUUUACCCAAAUUACUCAACUUUAUUUUGAUAAGGCUAAAGAAUCAGUGGAAAAAGAACGAGAAUUAUGGCGAACAACACAAAUGGGACCAUGGGGAAUGCUGCUUAUGCAUCUCCCACAAAUAGCAGUCACAGAGCGUUCAUAUGUUGAUUUAGGAUUUCUACACACUAAAAAUAAAGGAUUUCUCAGAAAAGAUAAUUCAUUAAAAACAAUGUACGAGUCCUUAAAAUCUGAUUUAAAAAGAGUAGAAGAAAUGACAAGGGGUACAAAUACAAUUGGAGCAACAGUAGCCGAAAUCUCUAAUCAAUUAUGUCAAUUUAUUACAGCACGAAUUCAAUUAAUUGAAUUCUAUGAAAAGAUGUAUAAUAUGAGUAUAAACAAUAAAGUAAUGCGACACCAAGAUUUAUUAAUGUCUAUAGAAGGAAUUAUUGAUUGUCAUUCACUUUCAUGUUCACACUUUUCUUUAAAUACUAUUAAAGCAUCUUUAACAUUGGAGUGUGAAAUAUUAUUACAAUUAAUAAAAUCAUACAUUGAAAUACAAAAUUGGAAAUUUUUACCAUCUCUUAUGGCUUUAUAUGGAGCUCAAGCUAGAAUGUUAGCUUGGGAAAGAAUAUUACAAAAUAGAGAAACAUGGAAACUUGGAUUUGGAGCAACAUUUUUAAAAGCAAAUCAACAGCCUGCACUUUACCAAUGGUUAUUAAAACUAAGAAGUGCUAUAUUGGCUAAAUUUUCUUUUUACUUUCAUACAACAUUGAGUCAACAAACAAGUUCUAGCGAAAUGAGAAAUAUUAUGAGCAAACAAACAAUAGAUUAUUAUUACAAAUUACAAAUUUUCCAAAGAAAAUAUGAUAUAGUAGCAGUCUGUAUUGUUUUUGAUUUACGAGGUAUGCAGGAUUCUGGACCAGGAUAUCAACAUCCAAAGAGAGAAAUUGAAAAUGUAGAAAAUUUUACGAUGGUCAUUAGUAUUCCUCAACUUUUCUGUCAAAAACCAUUUAUUCACUGGAGCAAUAUUAAGAUGUUUAUAAAAGAACGUUAUGCAGAUCUUAAAUUAAUGGAUAAAGUAAUAUUUAAUAGAGAUCAAAAUGAUGUCUGGAUAUAUGCUAUGUGUAAUGUGGAUCCUCACAUGACCUUUAUGGUUGUAUAUGAGAAAGGUAGUAAACAGAGUGAUAAAGAUGUUCACAUAAUGACAUUCAUAACUGAUAUUUGUAUGCAAAUGAGAUGUAAUAAAGUUUUUGAAAGUCUGAAAUUAGCUAAGUAGAGUAUAUGAUUAUAUUUAUCUAAAAUAAAAAUAUA